CUUGGAGGAUCGCCUCCCCCCUCAAACUAACCUAGUCUAGAUUUCUUCCACCCUCGUUGGCGGUAUACGGUCUGUAGCUUAUAUCAACUACACUUCGCGCACAUGUUCGUUCGUACUACACGACGCGUCGCAUCAAUCGGAUCUUCCGCGAUCCAUCCCAGCUUCUGUUCAAGAUCAGCCAGUCUGGUGUAGCUCAACGAGCGCCGUCGUGCAGACCAUGGCGUCACUCUUCAAAGAGAUCAAACCGCUCGUGAACGCAACUUUGGAAGCAUCACAAACAAUCAACCGUACGGGUCCCAUACUGGCAUGGACACAGCUUCUCAUGAUAUUGCUACUUGGCGCGAUAUUUCUCGUCUUAUUUGGGUUGCUUGUCACGCUCAACCCGGACCUGGAAGCUGAGCGCAAAGAGUUCAUCACGCCAGUAGUUCGGCUCCUGCUCGCUAAGACUGUCGCAAAUGGCAGAGCGGUCAGAAAAGCGGUCGGGAACCCGAAAUGGGUUGCGAAAACUGCCUUGCAAAUGUUCACUGGACCAUUUCGCGGACCUAACCCUGAUGUGGCUAAGUUGGAUGUGGUCAAGUCCAACACAGUCAAGGACGGCAAGAAGACCGCCUAGUUCUUGGAAUACACACUGGGAGUCGACCAGGCCAGACAAGUAGCAAGCCAAAAAGCUAGCUU